AGACAAUGAGAGACCAGGUCUGACGUUGGUAUUUUUUUUGGAAACGUUAAUGACUUCAAGAGUUGACAAAGCUCUGCAAGCAAUAGACGAACAAGGAACGAAGUUUACCAUUAUUGACUCACCGCAGUCAAUAGACGCUUAUCUUCUUCAAUCACCAUCGGAAGUAACUGCGCAGCAAAAGUUAUCAAUAAAAGAAACCAAUAUUGAAAAUAUCACUCCUAGCUCGUCAUCAGAAGGUGCGUUAAACGUACAGGGCAAUUUGAAGAUGGAAUUUAAUAUGUGGAUGUUCCAACAAAACCAGGCCAGCUUUGCUGCCUUAACGACUGCACCUCCCCCUCCUGUUCCACCGCCCUCGAAAGAACCCUUGAGAUCAAACACAUCUUCCAAGUCGAAAUCUAAACAGACCGAACAUACAUCUUCCAGUAAAAAACGACCAGAAUUAUUAAGCGAACCGAAGCCUUCUCCAAGCGUUAGUUCGUUUGUAGUUCCCCCACCUAAUGGAAUGAUGCCACCGCCACCCCCUAACGGAAUGAUUUUCACGCCUGGAAACUUGGAACUGCACCCUCCACCGGGCUUCGAAGCAAUUUCUUUGGUUCUACCACCGCCUCCAUCGUUUAACAACAUUUUCCAACCUCCGAAACCGACUGAGUCGAAGACUCCGAGUUUGAGCUCAGAGGUGACGAUAGCAUCUAGUAAGUAUUCAGAAAGCACCUCGUCGUCGAGUCGUUAUGGAAGAAGUCGUUCGCCUCCGUCAAAGUUACGAGAAGCUAACUCGACAAGUCAUCAGGCAAAAAGAAGUGACAGAGAGUUUAAACAUAUCAGACGGUCAGUAGGAAGGGAUGAAGAUGGUAGUUCAGAUGGAGAAUGCUCCCCAGAUGAACAGCCUAUUAAAUCGAGAAAAAGAGGCAGGAAAUCAUCAAGAGGGGAAGAAGACAGCCAGAGGUCAAGGUCAAAUGGAGGAGCUGCGGAAUCAAGAAAAAGAAAGAUAAUGGCAAGGGAGAGGUCAUGUUCUGGAAGUAGAGAAAGUAAAACGAAGAAAGAAAGCAAAAAGUCCAGGAGGGAAAGUAAAAAGAAAAAAUCAGAGAAAAAGAAGUCGAAGGCAGCCAAAAUUCUCGUCACAGAAGUGGACGAUGUUGUCGGCUGCUGUGAUGGCAUCGAAAAAGAGUACGAAGAAGAAGUAUCUGUCUCGGACAGUCAGGGAGAAGAUGAGUACUCAUCAAUAUCCGGGUCGCCUUUUUGCAGUUCAGUGGAUAAAGAUUCCGAGGGAGAGAUAUCGACGGAUGAAGAACAGUAUCAGCAAAGCAGAAGUAGAUAUACAUCAGCAGUAUCUUCUCAUGAACGAUACGCUGUAAAGCGAGGCUCUUAUUCAGCAUCAUUUAGCAGAAGUACAAUCAAGUCGAAUCAUCAUCAUAACAGGAGUGAAUCGGAUGGUCGUCAAAGACUAGAUGACAAGUACUCACAGAACGAGAAAAUGAGUCGAAGAUACUCAAGACGUAAAUCGCCCAGUCCGAACGAAGAGUCACCACGAGGUGAUCGUCGUCGGGUGAGACGAGAAGAUAACGAGAAGCUAGAAGAUUCGCUGCAGCAGUUCAGACAACGAAAAGGGAUGUCGAGAUACAGCCAACAGCAGUCAAUUAGUCCGGGAUCAUCGAGGUACAAUAACAGCAAUUCACGCUUCAGUGCUCCUCCGUUCAAUUCUUUUAAUAGUAGCCAAUCUUUUUCAAAUAGCUUCUCUUCGAUAUUUUCCAAUAGAGGUCAAAAAAGCGCAAAAGAUGACGAGUCUACGAAAGAUGAUGAGGAUGACGGCAAUAAAAAUCCCUUAGCUGGAGACGAUGUUUCGCCGAUGGACAGAGCAAGGAUAGAUAACUACCUUAAGUCUUGUCAGCAAAGAUAUUCAUAUGGUUCAUGUGGUCAAAUAGCGUACUAUGACUCGCAUUGUCAUAUUGACUUUCUGUUUAAAAAGACUGGCUACAAGAAAACUUACAAAGAAUUUAGAAAAGUGGUGCCAUUUCCUGAGAACUACGGGGGAUGUGUGGCUGUGUUUUGUGAGCCCCACGCAUUCUCUCGCUUCUCAAUUGUGGAAAAAGUUCUAGAAGAGGAGAACUUGGUGGCCUGUUUUGGCUGUCAUCCCCACAGCAGCAACAUGUACAACAACCAGCUGGAAGCCAACAUAAGACGCAUGAUGACUCACCCCAAAGUGAGGGCCUGGGGCGAGUGUGGUCUGGACUACUCGGACAGGUCGCGGGGGGUCGAUAAAGAGAUACAACAAUAUGUCUUCAGAAGGCAGUUGAAAUGCGCAGUGGAACUGAAGAAACCGCUUUGUGUACACAGCAGACAAUCUGAUGAAGAUCUGUUCGAUAUAUUGAGAGAAGAAGUACCCCCUGACUGGAAAAUUCAUCGGCACUGUUACACCGAAAGUCCAAAAAUGGCUCUGAAGAUGAUUGAAUAUUUUCCAAAUAUGUAUAUUGGCUUUACAAAUGUGCUAACGUAUCCCAAUGCUACGGACGCUAUUGCCACAGCCUGUGCUAUUCCGCUGGAUCGGAUUCUGCUAGAAACUGAUGCACCGUAUUUUCUACCUGCUGGAGCGCCCAAGUCAAUGAAAAAUUCAAAUCCAAGCAUGGCUAUACAGGCGAAGGGAUAGCUUAAUGGCGCGAAAAAUAUUCUCAUUUGUUGAAAAGAGAAACGUCGAAGGCAAAAUCCUGGAUGAUUAUGAUGUUUCAAAACAAAUCAAGCAGUGCAAUACUAUUGAUCAAAUCUUAUUGACAGUAAUUUGUCUUCGUAACGAUGUGGACUGCCGAAGAGAGUGGUGAAUCAGUUGAGCUUGAAAAACUGAAGUUUCUCAAACAAAACCUUGUUUCCUCCCUACGUUUUGAGUCAUGGAGUUGUUAAAAAAUCCUUAAAUUUUUAGGUACUCUGUUCUGAUGCGCUCCAGUCAUGAAGCCGUUGGAUGUCAUGAUCUUGUUAUAACGAAAACUGGAACUGUAGUUGCAGCACAUACGGUGCGAAGCUGCUAUUUAUUUGCUAUUUCGUUUUUGCGAUAUUCAUAGAGUCGUAAAAUUAUCCCCAAAUAAUUAAGCUAGCCAUCAUUAAAGUUUAUCUGGAAAUAUUUGAAACUAACUUUUUAAUGUGUGAAUAGGCAUUUAAUAUUUUUAAUAUGCAUUUAACAUGCGUGGAAUUGAAGAAACUCACGGUGUGCGCAGGAAAAUAUGAAGAUUUGUUUGAUUGUUUUGAAAAAAGUUGGAUCGACAUGAAAAAACAUCAUCACUGCCCCGUCGUAAUCGAGAAACUGCUGAAGAGAACUACUUUCAAAUGUAUUCUUGGCUCUAUUUUUCUUCUAAUGUAUCCAAUGUUACUGACGCUAUUGCGAUAAGCUGUGUUAUUCUCUUGAGUUUGAUUGUACUAGAACUGAUGCCCUUCGUUGCCCUCUGGAGCCUCCAUUUCCAUGAAAUUUCAAUGUAAGCCUGGUUUACAGGUUGUAGUGCGUUUUCCUGUUUUUACUUAUGAAAU